AUGCUGGUUUGGAUAAAGGAGAACACAUUUCUCACUUUUUACAAAGGAAAAGAUGAAAUUAAAGACAGCAAAUGUAGCAGGAUGCCCCCUCAUCUGUCCCAUGACCAAGGAGGGGGCCAGCAGAGUCCUCGUCUGGACCACAGUGGGCAGGUUUGGAGACUUAAUGUUGGGACAGUUGAGGCAGACCCCACUGAGCUGACGGAUAGGUUACGGUCCCUGGGGACUCUGGGCAGUAUAAGCAGUGCCCAGGAAUUCUAUGAGGUGAUCUGGCUGACUUCAUACACAAGGUACCAAACUGCAGGGCUCAUUCAGUACCUCAAGAGUAGUGAGGUUCCCACUCAAAAGUGGGAAGGUGUCAGGCCUGAUGUAGCAGGAGGAACAUGCUGUGUAACAAAUAACCUCCAACCUUCGUGGCUUAAAAUAACAAGUGUUUAUUAUCUCAUAAUUUCUGUGGAUCAUGAAUUUGAGAACAGCUGUUCCCCUGGUUGGCAGCGCAGAGGUGGCACAAUUCCUGGAGUUACUGUAGAAGACAUGAAUCAGCAGGAGUUCAUCAGCACUCUAGUAGCCUUCCUCAUAAAGUCUGGGAAGCUGAAAGUCCCUGAAUGGGUGGACAUCACCAAACUGGCCAAGCACAAAGAGCUUACUCUCUGAGAUCAGAGAUGAGAACUAGUUCUACACAUGAGCUGCUUCCACAAUGUGGCACCUGUACCACCAAGGUGGUGCUGGGCUUGGCUCCAUGACCAAGAUCUAUGGAGGAUGUCAGAGAAAUGGUGUCAUGCCCAGCCAUGUCAGCUGAGAUUCCAAGAGUGUGGCCCACUGAAUCCUUCAAGCCCUGGAGGGACUGAAAAUGGUGGAAAAGGACCAAGAUGGGGGCCACAAACUGACACCUCGGGAUCAGAAAGAUCUGGACGGAAUUGCUGGAUAGGUGGCAGCUGCCAACAAGAAGCAUUAGAACAAGUUAUCCUGGGUUAAUAAAUUGCCUCAUUCAUUAAAGAAAAAAAAGAAUUUGAGAGCAGCUUAGUUGGAUGGUUGCAGGGUGUCUCAGGAGGCUGAUGUCUUUUGGGGCUUGAGUUAUCUGAAGCCUUGACUGGGGCUGAAGAAUCUGCUUCCAAGCCCACUCACAUGCAUGGCUGUUGGCAGGAGGCCUCAGUUCCUUGCCUUGUGGUUGUUUAUAACAUAGCAGCUUACUUCCCCCAGAGCGAGUAACCUGAGAGAGGGAGAGAGAGGGCAGGGCAGGGGAACAUGAGGUCUCUGAUGACUUAGCCUUGGGAGUGACAACCAUCACUUCUACUGUGUUCUGAUGGCCACACAGACAAACCCUGAGACAAUGUGGAAAGAGACUACUCAAGGGCAUGGAUACCAAGAGGGAAGCUCAUUAGGGGCUAUUUUCAAGGUUGUUUCCACUGGGAAACAUAAGGCCCCAGCUCAAACCCACUGGAGGGAUGGAAGAGGAGGAGGAAGAGACUCAAAGGACUCCAGCCUGGAGCCUGGAACUUGAGGGUCUCCUCUUCAAAAAGGCUUUUCCUGACUACUCUGGCCAAACACUGCCCACCACCCUCGCGACAUUCUCAA